AUAUUCACUGCCCCGUUUAAAACCACUCAUACUCUCUCUCUCUCUCUCUCCAAUCAACAACGUACACACACACUCUCUCUCUCCCUCUAAAACCCAUCUCCAUGAAAUCUUCGACCCUUUGAGAGGAGAGAGAGCUCCCGAAUAAAGGCCAUGGCUUUCCUCUUGCCCAAUCUCUCCCCGUCUCUCUUCCACCCCAAGUCCAUAGACAAACCUCCCUCCUCUUCGGUUGCUGCUUGUUCCGCCUCAUCUUCUUCGUCUCCGUCUUCUUCUGCGCAGAUGCUGUCCUCUCAGGCUCAGACCCAGAAGCAAAUCAACUCUCUCUCGCCUUCCUCUCUCUCUGCCCUCACGAGCCUCCAGACACCGACGGCCCAGGGCUCCCAGCUCUGCAACAGUACCGGGUCACCGGAUAAGCAGCAGAGGGACAAUUUCUAUGUCAAUCUCGGCCUCGCCGUGCGGACCCUCCGCGAGGACAUGCCCUUGAUAUUCUCCAAGGACCUUAAUUACGACAUCUACAGAGAUGACAUCACCUUUGUAGACCCACUAAACACCUUCACUGGGAUCGAGAACUACAAGUUGAUCUUCUGGGCUUUGAGAUUCCAUGGUAAAAUCCUGUUCCGCGAGAUAGCCCUGGAGGUGUACAGAGUUUGGCAGCCCUCAGAGAACAUGAUAUUGAUAAGGUGGAACCUGAAGGGUGUGCCACGGGUCCCAUGGGAGGCAAAAGGCGAGUUCCAGGGCACGUCCCGGUACAAGCUCGACAGGAAUGGCAAGAUUUACGAGCACAAGGUUGAUAAUUUGGCAUUCAAUUUCCCCCAGCCACGUGAGCCUGCAGUGUCGGUCUUAGACUUGGUCAGUGCCUGCCCCGCGAGCCCAAAUCCGACAUUCUUGUGGGGCCCAGUGGAAUUACAAACAUCUUCUUGGGUUGAGUUCUAUCGAGCAGUGAGGGAGACCUUGGAUCGUGAAGGAAGUUUGCUCGCGCAAGAGGGUCUGGUCACUUGCUCAUAGUAAGAAAGAACGGAACAUUUGUAUAUCGUAGCCUUAUACUAUAUAUACUAUGUGAUAGCAAAUUCUAGCUUUGUGUUGAUGAUAUGAUUGAUAGCAAAAUAAGCCCCUUUUGUUUUUACUUUCUCAGGGAAUGAGGGACACGGUAUAUGUACAUAGGGAGGGUUAAGGGUUGUUCAAUAUGUGUACCGAGUUUUGAAGGAAAGUGAGGGUCCUAGGGCAUACAUAAUUGAUAAGCUGGUACAAUCUUAGAUAUGUAAUUUAUACAGGAAUCAUUUGUUUUUCCUUGCAUUGUAGCAGUUUCUACAUUCUGCCUUGUUUCA